GCUCUUAAUGCUGACUCAAGAAGACAGGACAGGACACUGCACCCUUCUGCAUCAGGAAAAAACUAAAUUUACAGCAACAUUUCAACAGCUUAGGACAACGACAGCAAUGAAGACAACACUGGCAACUCUGACUCUCUGCCUGGUGGUGCUCAUGGCCACAGGUUUCCCUUUCGAGAGGAAAGGGGGCUCACCCUCCGGCAGUGCUGCCAAGGAGAAGCGUGUACAGUAUGCAGCGUGGGAUGAUGUAAAUGUCAUUGCCCAUGGGCUACUGCAGCUGGGCCAGGGCCUGAAGGAGCACGUGGACAAAACCAAAGUCCAGAUGAGGGACAUUUCCAGCAAGCUGAAGGUCUUCAAUCGCACCGUGGCCGAGCUGGGGAAGGAAGGCCAGAAACUGAGAGUAGAGGGGGAGGCCCUGAAAGCUCGUGCCCAUGGACUGGAGGACAGAGAGGGGCAGCUGCUGAAUGUCACAGCAGGGCUGAGGGAGAAGGCGGAGGAGAUGCAGCAGGAGAGGAGGACGAUGAGCGAGAGGAUGAGCCGGCUGGAAGAGAGGGUGGACAGCAUGCUGCAGGGAGAGACGAUGCUGGCUGACACGAACACCGGUGCCAAGAACAACAGUGAUGCUCGUAACAUCCAGCUGAUGCUAGAGGCUCAGAACAGGCGCAUUGAUCAUCUGGUGGAGAGGAUCAGACUCCAGCAGGAGAAGCUUGACAAGCAGAAUGUGCGCAUCAGGACGUUGCAAAGUCAGAUCCAACAGUCACGACAGAGACCAGCCUUGCGGAGCAGCAACACUGACGGCUCCGAGCAAAGUGGCGCCGCGGAGCAACGCGACUCACCAGUCGAAAUGGCAUCAGAUUGUCAUGAGCUGUUUCUGAGAGGAGAGACCACCAGUGGGGUCUACACCAUCAAGCCAAUAAACACAGAGCCCUUCAAUGUCUUCUGUGAGAUGUCAGCUGAGGGUGGAUGGACAGUGAUCCAAAGGCGCCAAGAUGGCUCAGUGGACUUUGAUCAACUAUGGCAGGCCUACGAGAACGGCUUUGGCAGCCUGAAUGGAGAGUUCUGGCUUGGUCUAGAAAAGAUCCACUCCAUUGCUAAAGAUGGUGGCUACAUCCUCAACAUCAAGGUCUCCGAUUGGAGUGAUGAUUUAGCGUCUCUCCGCCUCCCCUUCAGUCUGGGCGGCGAGGAAACCAAAUACUCGCUCCAGAUUCAGGAGACCGACGCUUUUAGCACCUUGGAGAGUUCUCUGGGGACUGACGCCACCUCAGGCUUGCCUUUUUCCACCCGUGACCAAGACAACGACCAGAAAAAUGACACCAACUGUGCCAAGCACCUUUCAGGUGGCUGGUGGUUCAGUAAUUGUGGACGCUCCAACUUAAAUGGUAGAUACUUCCAAAGCCCUCCUCCUAAGCAGCGGCACCAGAGGAAGCAGGGCAUCUUUUGGAAGACCUGGAGGGGCCGCUAUUACCCUCUGAAGUCCAGCGUGAUGAUGAUCGCCCCUGCUGCAAUUGAAAACAAGUCAUAAACUAUAAAAAGAGACUCAAAGAAAAAGUUGAGACAAAGAGAACGGGGGAGAAAGAAGUAGAUUUUGGACUAUUCUUUCUUUUUUUGGUACUCAGUUGAUGAGGUAGAGUUUUCCAUUUUCCCUGGUUGUUUCCCUGCAAGGAAAGAGAAGCCAGAAGACCUCACAUUAAAUGAGUUCCAUGUUUCCACUGCAGUGUGCUCUGUGAGACAAGUAGAUUCCUGCCCUGCACCUAAAGCCACAGAUGGAAAAAUGGACAAAACUUAAACGUACAGUUGCAAAUUUUUCACAUGUUGUACCAUUGCAGUUUAUUCCUCCUGUUGGCAUGAAGCAGGGGCCCCUAGUGAGGAGAGCAUCACAGGGCGAGUCCCAGCUCAUCACAGUGCUGUAAGCCACAAAGGAUUUCCAACAAGUCGAGACUCAUCACCAGACAUGUGGUGUCAACUGUGUAUGCGGGCUUUUGUUGAGUCUGAAUGUGGUUUUGUAGCAGGUAAACAGCACUGUCAGCACAAAAACAGAAGAACUGCUCUUAUUUUGUAAAGAACGCAUGGAGGAGUGAAAUGCAGGCAGAUUAAGCAAGCUUUUUAAACCCAAUGGUGUGGACCAAAUGGUGACUUAAUUAAAAAAAAAUCCUUUUCCACAUGAACAUGUUGAGAUUAGUGUUGAAAAGCAUUAUGUAAAGUUAUAAAUCACUGUAAACUAGGAUUACGAUGCAGAAACUGAUUUCGGAGAGCAGUUCAUGAGGCACUGAAAACCAUUUCAGCCUUUUGUACAAUAUAUAUUCUGCCUGCAAUUUUGAAUCAAAUUAAUGUAUGUAUGUAAUAUUCUUCACUGACUUUCCUUUCUCUGUGGAAGCUUUGAUAAGUCAUAUUGACUUCUUUUAAGAUGAGAGACAUGGUUUUGUACAUAGUGUAUGAAGGAAUGUCUGACUGUUACUGAUUUGUUGUGACACUAUCUGUUGUCCUGAUGACUUGAGAGUUUUAUUGUAGAUGUUUCUUUUUCUUAUUUAAAUGCCGUAAAGUAUCUAUCUAUAUAUAUAUAUACAUACACACACACACAUAUAUUUCUGGUGCUGCCUGUUUGUAAUUUAUAUUGUCUUUGUUGUAUUUGCCAGUUGUAAAAUAGUUUUUUUAAAGAGAAAAUAACCAUUUUAUGGGCAUAUUGAGUCAAUAAAAUUGAUUUUAACUAA